UCUACGCAGAUAUUUCGUGAUGCUGAAUAUUGUCAGAAGAAGAACAUCACAAUUCAUAAAUUGUGCCAUUAAGCAGUUUGGUACAGUCAGCAAUGAGGUUCCACUUUCAAAGGACCGUUACCAGGUUAAACGAAAUCCCUACGCCACCGUUGCGGAUUCAGAUCUUACACAUUUCGAAGACAUCCUGCCCAACCCCAACCAAAUCUUGCUGGGCCUUGACGAAACCGCUGGAUACAACCGUGACUACUUCAAGUAUGUCCGUGGACUUGGCGAGGUCGUCCUUAGGCCCCGAAACACCUCACAGGUGAGCGCCAUAUUACGCCAUUGUAACCGCAGAAAGUUGGCCGUUUCGGUUUUCGGUGGCAACACGGGUGUUUGCGGGGGAUCGAUUCCCGUGUUUGACGAAAUCGUCCUCUCGCUGGAACGGAUGAACGAAAUUGAAUCGAUUGACGAGUACUCUGGAAUUUUGGAAUGCGAGGCGGGAUGUGUAUUGGGGAAGUUGGAAGAGAAACUCAACGAGAAAGGAAUGACCAUGCCACUUGAUUUGGGAUCGAAGAAUUCUUGCCAGAUUGGAGGCAAUCUUGCGACCAAUGCUGGCGGUAUUCGGUUGAUGCGGUACGGAAAUCUUCACGGUUCGGUUUUAGGAUUGGAAGCGGUGAAGGCAGAUGGCACGGUGGUGGAUUUGAUGUCCCGAUUCAAGAAGGAUAACACGGGAUAUCAUCUCAAACAUAUGUUCAUCGGGUCCGAAGGGACUUUGGGAGUUAUAACGCGAGUCGCCAUCGCAUGCCCAACGGCUCCGACUACACAAAAUGUAAUGUUUUUGGGUGUUGCAAACUACGGUUCGGUGUUGCGCACGUUCCUUGAGUGUAAGAAACGUCUUGGGGAGAUACUGACCUCCUGCGAACUGAUAGAUUCGGAUGGGUUUGAUUGCUGUAUUCAGCAUUUGAAGAGGCCAUCUCCCAUUGGGGAGUUUCCGUUUUACAUGCUAAUCGAAACAACGGGUAGCAAUAGCAGCCACGAUGAGGAGAAGGUUCAGGAUUUUUUGGAACAUGCGCUGUCAACUGGAACCGUUGGCGAUGGAGUUGUCACGAAUGAGCCAUCGAAAAUGGAGGAUCUCUGGCAACUGAGGGAACGAAUCCCCGACGGGACAUUCAGUAAUAACUUCUGCCUCACCUACGAUUUGUCGCUGCCGUUGGGAAACUUUUACGACAUCGUACCGGCAAUGAAGCAACGUGUCGGGCAUUUGGUGAAACUGGUCUGCGGUUUUGGACACAUAGGUGACUCCAACAUUCAUCUCAACAUUGCUGGAGACGAACUGACGCCGGAAAUUCAACAACUAAUCGAUCCAUUUGUAUACGAAUUUACAUCAAAACUCAAAGGAAGCGUUAGUGCCGAGCAUGGGAUUGGCCUUCUAAAGCCCAAAUAUUUGAAAUAUUCAAAAACGGCGGAAGCGAUUAUGCUCAUGCAGCGACUGAAAGCUAUUAUGGAUCCCAACGGUAUUCUUAAUCCCUACAAAGUUAUUCGCUAGGUAGUGCAUUCAGUAUGUAAAAAAAA